AUGGGAGUCAGGGUGAUCAGAGUUCUCCUGUGGUUUUCGAUGCAGCACGGUGUGGACUGUGUGUCAUGGUGCAUCACCAAAGGAUGCAGUCUGAUAUGACAGAGGUUUCUCAGUCUUUUCUGUGAAGUGUCCAUUGCCAUGACAAUGACAACAAUGACAGCAACACCGAUCUUACAACCACCUUUAUACGCUAUAGAUGAGAUUGAUGAUUCUAGCUCAACAUUAAUAACCCCCCAUCUUUCUCUCUCUCUCUCUCUCUCUCUCUCUAGAUGCUGAGGGUGGAGAGACAUCCCCCCCCAUGGGAGCUGGAGUGGAUAGUAACAGCUGGCAAUUCCGUUAUGGCGCCGGCGGUCCCGGUGGCCCCCCCCCAGCACCUGAAGCCCGGUGAGAUCCCCCCCGAAGCCUUCAUCAUCCCCGGAUCCCCCGCCAUCAUCUCGAUCCGCCAGCAGGGAGGAGAGGAUGACAAAAGCGACUUCAUCACUUUCGGAAAGAAGGAGGAGGCCAAGAAGAAGAAAAAGAAGAAGAAGGAGAAGAAGGAUAAGAAGGAUAAGGGGAAGGAUGAUGACGAGUAG